AGUUUUGAUGUUAGUAUUUACUUUCAAUAAAUGCAUUAAUAGAAAAAAAUGCUUCAUUUUGCAGUAAAGUUGAACUGUGUAACAACUGUGUAAUCUGACAUUUCUGUUUGUCUACUUUCAUUUGCUCAUAUAAAGUUCCUCCCCUUGUGAUAAGCUAUAAAAUGGGCUCUGAAACAGACGUUAUUACAUUCACAUCCUGAUCAAAGAUGGAUCUGCAAAUCUCAGUUUUUCUUCUCUUCAUUCUUUUCACUGCAGGACACUCUCUCCGCUGUUAUGAGUGCAUGAAUGUGGUGAGUUCUUGUGCAGAUCAAAAGGUAAAUACAUGUCCCAGUGGAUCUUCUCAGUGCAUGAGUACAACAAGAGUAACAAAAGAUGGUUCAAAAAAUAAGUAUAAAAGUUGUGUUCCUCAGUGUCAAAGUGGGUUCGUGAACAUAGGCACUGCUAAGUCAACUGUUACCUGCUGUAACACAGACGAGUGUAAUGUCCAAGAUGCUCCAGAUCGCAGCAGUAAUGUCCCCAAUGGAAAGAAAUGUUACUAUUGUGAUGGAGAAAGCUGCACAAACACAGUGAGCUGUUCAGGGACUGAAAACUACUGCAUUCAUGUAAUAGAGACUUUUGGAAACCAGUCAGUUGUUUCAAAAGGCUGUGUGUCUAAAUCCUUUUGUGAAAACACAGCACAAGGUCCUAGAGUUCAGAACAUCUCAUGUUGUGAGGGGAACCUGUGUAACGGUGCUCAGAGUGUCUCCCAGAGCUUCCUGUUCCUCUGCUGUUCUCUGCUCUCCUACUUCCAGCUGCACUGAAUCCAGCAGCUCUUCACAUCCUACAAUCAGACACACUGUACUGAAUAUAGAGCUUGCAUUUUUUUUUUUCUUACUAUAUUUCGUGACUUCAAUAUUCAAGCUGUUUGACUAUAGAUCUGUAAAUGGUGUUACAUUAUGUAGCUCCUACAUAUAAGCUCUAGGGGGCAGUGGGUGAAGAGGUAGUAAAGUUUGAAUGUGGAGGAAGCAAUGACUCGUCUUUUAAAAUAACAAAGUGACCUGGUGUGAUGAAUUGAAAAAGAUAUAUAUAACACUCUGCACACAGGGAUGCACAACAGCACACAAACAUGCCAAAUAAAAAUAAAAGGAUUACAAUGUAAAAGAUUAUUAUAAAGAUAAAAAUGCCUACAUGUCAUAAUGGAUAGUCAUUGCAUGUAUCAAAAUUACCUAUUUGCAGUAAUGACAAAUGAAAUUGGCUAAUAUUUUGACCAAUCGUGGCAAUACAACAUUGUAUUUAAA